AUGCCUUCCAGUGUCGCAUAUUCCGAAACAAGGACCCUAGCGAACGACAAUAAUGCUCGCGCCCUGAACGGCUCUUAUCGACUAGGCCGGGAGACCAUGGCCUCAGGCACAGACGGCACCCGGCCCAAGAACGAGGAUAUAUUUUUGAACAUCGCCAGGACCGACUCUGGCCGUCGCGACUCGCUCAGCCGGUCUGAUUUGCGCAGACCAGUCCUUGCGGUCGCCGACCACGCGGGUCGACACCGAACAAACCCCUCCCCAGAUCAACGUCUCAGCAAUGCGGAGAACCCCUUGCUUGCGCAGAAUGGCUCGCCCACCCUCCCAUACAACUCCUUUGCCCACUCAUCAGCGGCUUCUGCUCACCCUCUCGACGAUCCGAGUCGCCUCCGCUAUUCAAGUAUAGGGUCGGGCGCGCGAUCCACGAUUGGCGCACCCCGAAGCCGACUCAGUCGCGCCGGCCCAGAGGAACCCUCCCGAUCACCGCCAACAAACGGAGAGCGCCGGUCCUCAUUCCAUGAACCACGCUUGCAUCGUCAUUCUACACUCUCGACAGUACGAACUAGCCGACAGCUAUCCACCUCGGAGGCAACCGAGCGUAUUCGCGGCGAGGCGGAAAAACCACGCGCAGACGGAACCGAAUCUACACUGUCCACAAAUGCGCCUUCUACGGUAUGGGAUGAACUGGACGAUCUGAAGUCCCGAAUUCGCAAACUGGAGCUCACGGCCACGACCGUAACCGCACUGUCGACCUCACCGAGACACCACCGCAAAGUCAGCACAUCGGCCGCCGACUCUGAUAGUGCGACUCAAAACCAGGUGCACCCGCUUUUGCAAUCUGCGCUGGCCAAGGCCAGAUCGGUGCUGACCAAUGACGUGUAUUCGGCGCUAGAGGCGACGAUCAAUGAUGCAUUGGCACUCUCGACGCUGUUGGGCGCCAAUACAGCCCCGUCGGGUACUGUGUCCGUGGUGAAUGGAGGUUACAGUUCCUCCGAAAGACAAGCCCGGCGCAAGGCUGACAGCGUGUGUCGAAGCCUGACCGAGCUCUGUUUGACGUUGACAGAUGAGCAACUUAAGAGAACUCGGCCAUCCUCCAGCCACGCCAGCACCGUGCAACAUCACCGGUCGAAUGGUGCUGAGACCGAGUCACUUGCCCCCGUGCCCUCGUAUCAGCGAGCUGGUAGCCAUGAACCCGAGGGCAUCGAGCGACGACAAAGUACGACCCGCAUUUCUAGCCGCCUCGAAGCACGCAGAGCAUCUUUGAUCAACCACAGCCCCGGAAAUUCUGGAGAGGCAAAAUCACCUCAAUCACCGAGCGCUGCUCCCCCUCCUAGCCGUCUUCAUCGCAUCUCAACCUCUCUGCGUAACCGCAGGUUGACGUUCGAUGAUGAGAACGCAGAAGCGCCGAGCCCGCACAGCCGCUCGCUUUCACGAGCUAUGACUGGUAGCGAGAUCGGUACACCAAGUCCUGCCCAGAAUGUGUCCCCGCGACAGCGAUUCUCUUAUAGCCAUGCACGAACCAUUUCGAGUGCCCAACAAGACCAAGGCCUGGGAAUUUCACCCCGAUCCACUCAGUUCCAAAUACCGACGCCAUCUCAAGAUUCUCUAGCUUCUCAGGCCCCACCAUUACAGCCACAGACGCCCACGGCCUCAUCUCAAACCGGUAUUCAAUCUCGCCGCAGUUAUAUGACUCCUGGUAUCUACUCUCCUGCCACAUCGCGCUCCAACAUUCAAGCCGGAUCCCGUCGAUAUGGCCUUUCUCCUAGCUUCUCAAACGCCACGCCGCGCUCUGGGACAGAAGAAAGCCCUCGAUCGCCGCAGAUAGCAACGCCUUCACAAACUAGGAUCAGCAUUCCAUCGGGCAAGUCUGCAACUAGCUACACGCCCAUCCAACAACCUCGACUCCGCGCCGGCAGUUUGGGGGCGCGGAGGUUCGGUCUCAGAACACGCUCAACAACCGCUCCUGCAGAGUCCGUCAACCUCGACGACAGCAUUGACUGA